AUGAUCGACGUAGUAAACAUUUUUAAUAAAGGAGGGAUUGUGUUGUGGUCAUACAACUUUUAUGAAAUUGAAGAUAAUAUUAUAAGGACAAUUAUAAAAACAGGUUUAAUAGAAGGCCAACAUGAAGAAUUUAGUAAUAAAUAUAAUAAAUAUUAUUCAAAAUGGAAAUAUGUAAACGAUUUAGACAUUGUAAUAUUGAUUGUAUAUCAAGGAAUUCAAAAUUCUGCAUAUCUUGACAACUUAUUUAAUAAAAUUAAAAAACAUUUUGUAAAAUUAAUUCCAAAAAAUUUUAAUGUGUUUGACCAUGAUUUGCCAAUUAAUUUUGAUAAACAAUUUUUAAAAAUAUUAGAAGAAUCAGACAAAGCAAUGGAAAGAUCAACUACUGAUUCGGGUACUAAAAAUAGUUCCAAUAAUAAAAGUGAAGGAGGAGAAGGUAAUGAAGAAAAUGAUUCUGAAGCAAGUGGAAAACGUGAUAAUAAAAAAAAUAAAACAAAAAAAAAUGCAAGAGAAUGGGAAUUAAAUAAAAAAAUAACAAAAAAAGAUAUUGAUAAAUUAGAUUAUUCAUCAAAAAAUGAAAAUAAAAAUAAUCCAAAUGAAAUUGUUAAAUUUGAUGAAGAGUUUGAUGAUUCAAGUGAUUCAUCAACAGGUGAAAAUAAAAAUAAUAUUAUGAGUCAAUUAAAUGAUUCUAUUUUUAAAAUGUUUUCGUCUAAUAAUACUAUUGAAGAAAGUGAUAUUGAACAAAUUUUACAAGAUAUUAAAACUAAAUUACUUUCAAAAAAUGUAGCUGUUGGAAUAUGUGAUGUUUUAAUUGAAAAUAUGAAAGAAAAAUUAAUAGGAAAAAAAAAAACUAUAUUUUCUUUGAAUGUUAAAAAAACUGUUUCUACUAUAUUUUCAGAUACUCUUCAAUCUAUUUUAAUACCUAAAGAUUCAGUAGAUGUACUUAGAUCAGCUUUAGAAGCAAAAUCUUUAGGAAAAUUAUAUUCCAUUUGCUUUUUAGGUGUAAAUGGGGUUGGUAAAUCUACAAAUCUAGCAAAAGUUUGUUACUAUUUAAAAACAAAAGGUAAUCUUAAAAUUAUGAUUGCAGCUUGUGAUACAUUUAGAGCAGGUGCAAUUGAGCAAUUAAGAAUACAUGCACAAUGUUUAGAUGUUCAUCUAUUUGAAAAAGGAUAUGGAAAAAAUGCAGCUGCUAUUGCUAAAGAUGCUAUUUCUUACGCAAAAAAAGAAAAGUAUGAUGUAAUUUUAAUAGAUACAGCUGGAAGAAUGCAAGAUAAUGAACCAUUAAUGAGAUCUUUAGGAAAAUUAAUUUUAAUAAAUAAUCCAGAUUUAAUACUUUUUGUUGGAGAAGCAUUAGUAGGAAAUGAUGCUAUUGAUCAACUUAAAAAAUUUAAUCAAACAUUAAUAGAUGCUACAUGUGAUACAAAUAAAAGAACCAUAGAUGGUAUCAUCCUUACAAAAUUUGAUACUGUCGACGAUAAAGUAGGUACAGCCCUUUCUAUGGUGUAUCUCACUGGAAGACCCAUUGUUUUUGUUGGUGUCGGACAAAAAUAUACACAUUUGAAAAAAUUUAAUGUCAAUAUGGUUGUCAAAGCACUAAGUUAG